UAUUCAAACAAACCGAUGCAGAGUUACAAGUACCUUUCAUCAACAACAACACUCCCACUCUCCACUCUCACCACCACUAUCCACUCCGGCAACCUCUCCGACCAUCCCCCGGCGGCCUCUCGCCACAAAUCAUGGCAUCAGAAUGAAUCGCCUCCACUUGCGAUGUCGCUUUCCUACUCCAACUACUUCCCGGACGAUGACCUCCUAUGCAGCGAGGAAACCUCCAGCAUCUUGUCCGGAGAUUCACCGGCAGAAUGCUUAUCUGAUGUCGAUUCGUCUCCGCCGCCGGAGGAUGAGUUCAUCGCCGGAUUAAUCGAUGACGAACAUAAGUUCGUUCUCGGAUUUGACUAUUUCUCUAAGUUACAGUCUCGCAAGAUCGAUGCAUCGGCCAGGGAAGAAUCCGUUGCAUGGAUCCUAAAGGUGCAGGCUUAUUAUGGUUUUCAACCGCUCACGGCUUAUCUCGCCGUCAACUACAUGGAUCGGUUCUUGAAUUCACGGCAGUUGCCGCAAUCAAAUGGGUGGCCACUACAACUUCUAUCAGUUGCUUCCUUGUCUCUAGCGGCCAAGAUGGAGGAAACUCUAGUCCCUUCUCUAUUGGACCUUCAGCUAGAAGGUGCCAAAUACAUAUUUGAACCCAGAACAAUUAGAAGAAUGGAGCUACUUGUUCUAAGAGUCUUGGAUUGGAGGCUAAGAUCAGUUACCCCAUUUAGCUUCCUCAGUUUCUUUGCAUGCAAGUUAGAUUCAACUGGAAUUUUUACAGGGUUCCUCAUUUCACGAGCUACACAAAUUAUCUUAUCUCAUAUCCAAGAGGCAAACUUUCUUGCAUAUUGGCCAUCAUGCAUUGCUGCAGCAGCUAUUCUCUAUGCAGCUAAUGAAAUUCCCAAUUGGUCUCUAGUUAAGCCGGAGCAUGCGGAGACAUGGUGCGAGGGGCUAAGAAAAGAGAAAAUUAUAGGGUGCUACAGGUUAAUGGAAGAACUUAUGAUUGACAAUAGCCAAAGGAAAGCCCCUAAAGUGUUGCCACAGCUGCGAGUGACAACUCAGCCACUAAUGAGGUCAAGUGUCUCGUCAUCCUCCUCUUCUCCUUCCUCCUCACCAUCCUAUAAUAAAAGAAGGAAAUUAAAUAACUGUUGGUGGGUGGAUGAUGACAAAGGAAACUCCCAAUGAAAAAAAGAAGAAGAAAAAAAAAAGAAUAAUACCAAUAAAGGAAAAAAAAACUUAAAAAGAAAUAAGGCUGUGGUCCAGAAACCUCAAAGUUUUAUUAUAGAAGGUUUUUGAGUUUUCAUAAUUGGCCUUGAGUCAUUGUGCACAUUACUAUAUUGAAUGAGAGUUGUGAGCUUUUAUUAUUGUUAUUGUUACUGUUAUUAUUAUUUUGUUGGUGGGUAUAGCCAUUUCAUCCCUGGCUUUGCAUAUUCCCAAAGGAGAGGGAUUUUGUGGGAAAGUGAGAGAGUGGCAAAUAGAAAAGGGAAGUGUAUACAGAAAUCAAGAUGCAAUACAUGAGAUCUGGUUGUAUAAGUAUGGAAGAAAGAAGUGGGAAUUGGAAACUCAAGCAUGUGUUGCUUGGUUAUUGUUGAAAGGGCAGACCACAGAACAUUGUGGGGCAUUACUUGAAAGCAUUGAAAGAAAAACAGAGUCUCUCAGAGCUGUUAUAUCAAUUGGGUUGGCAUAAACAUAGUGGUUUGAAACAUUGGAGUUAGAGCUAUUUCUUGUAAUGGUAUAUUUCUAAGUCAAGCUCUAUAUUUUGGACAGAAUGCUUUCUUCUUUCAUCUAGCACAAGUUACUUUGAUGGGAGGGGAUCCCACAGAUAAAAAAAAUGGUACUAGUAACAGUAAUAAGUCGAAGCUGGUGCAUCGUGUAGACUUUUGGUGCGUGUGUUUAUGUGUGAUUUUUGUGUUUAUUUUUGGCGGCAAUUAUUUAUUUUUUGUUUUGGCCUCGAGCUUUGGCCUAACUAUAUACAGGACCCAUUGUCUGGUGUCCACAAUGCGUGUGAUGGAAACACGUCUCUAUAGUUUUUAUUUGUUUUGGAUUUUUUCAUUUGGUUUUCAGUUUUCACCUCUUUCAAAAGGCUUUUGGAGCCUUUUUCCUGUGUGAUAAUGUGUAUUGAAUUCAUUAAUAGUAUAAUUAUUAAUUUUAUAAUACUACUAUCUUUUCAUA